UACCCACAGGUUGGGAGGAAGCAUAUACUUUUGAAGGCGCAAGAUAUUAUGUAAAUCACAAUGAACGAAAAGUGACCUGCAAACAUCCAGUGACAGGACAGCCAUCGCAGGACAACUGCAUUUUUGUUGUGAAUGAGCAGACUGCUGCAGCAAUGUCAUCUGAAGAGAAGAAGGAGCGACCUGUAAGCAUGAUAUGUGAAGCAACUAACUAUAAUCUGACAUCAGAUUAUGCUGCUCAUCCAAUGAGCCCUGUGGGCAGAACAUCAAGAUCUUCAAAGAAGGUUCAUAAUUUUGGGAAGAGGUCGAACUCCAUAAAGAGGAAUCCCAAUGCUCCAGUUGUCAGACGAGGCUGGCUCUACAAACAGGACAGCACUGGGAUGAAGCUCUGGAAGAAGAGGUGGUUUGUGCUCUCAGAUCUCUGUCUCUUCUAUUACAGAGAUGAGAAGGAGGAAGGAAUCCUGGGGAGCAUCCUCCUGCCCAGCUUCCAGAUCUCCGUGCUGUCUGCUGAGGACCACAUUAACCGCAAAUACGCCUUCAAGGCAGCUCAUCCAAACAUGAGGACCUAUUAUUUCUGCACAGAUACAGGGAAGGAAAUGGAGUUGUGGAUGAAAGCCAUGAUAGAUGCAGCACUUGUGCAAACAGAGCCUGUGAAAAGGAUAGAGAAGUUCACUGUUGAAAAUACCUCCCCUCGAGAGGCAAACAGUAUUGCAAACCACCGGGUGCUGAUCAAGCCAGAGGCACAAAACAACCAGAGAAACAAGGAAGCCAGCAGAAACGAGGAGAAGAAGGCUCUGGAAGCCGAGAAGUACGGGUUCCAGCAGGUGGGGCAGGAUAAGCCUCUGACCAAAAUCAGCAGCGUGAAGCUGAAGCCGCUGGGCUGCGAGUACAGGACUUUGCCCAUCAGCAGCAUUCCGGGGGGACACUCGAGGGCCGUGCACGUGAACGGAGCAGGCAGCAGAGCCCUGGGAGAGGUGGGGGAUGCUCAGCAGCACCAGGCAGAGCGCGCCAUGCAGAGAACCAGCUCCAUGCUGCAGCUGGAGCAGUGGAUCAGAGUGCAGAGGGGCAAGGGCCAGGAGGAGGAAACAAGAGGCACGCCCUCGUACCAGACGCUGCCCCGCAACAUGCCGAGCCACCGCGCGCCGGCGCAGCCGCGCUUCCCCGAGGGCUACAGGACGCUGCCCAGGAACAGCAAGGCGCGGCCCGACAGCCUGUGCGGCGCGCCCCACGAGGACAAGCGGCGCUCCAUGCGCGACGACACCAUGUGGCAGCUCUACGAGUGGCAGCAGCGCCAGUUCUACAGCAAGCAGGGCACGCUGGGCCGGCACGGCGGCCUGGGCAGCCCAAAGGCCGUGGGCGGCCUGUGCGAGCAGCCGCUGGCCUCCAUCCCCACGUCCCCCUCGCACGGGUCGCUGGCGGCGCUGGCGGCCUUCUCCCCGCAGCGCCAGUACCGCUCCGAGCUCUCAUCCCCUGUGCAGAGGGGAGACGUGACCCUGGAGCGCAGGCACAGGACGCACCACGCCAAGCAUGUCUAUGUGCCUGACAGAAGGUCGAUGCCAGCAGGUCUGACUUUACAACCUGUUACUCCUCAGAGCCUCCAGGGCAAAACACCGGAGGAGCUGACGCUGCUGCUCAUAAAGCUGCGACGGCAGCAGGCGGAGCUGACUAGUAUCCGGGAGCACACACUAGCACAGCUCAUGCAGCUAAAGCUUGAGGCCAGCAGCCCAAAGAAUGAGAUUCUUUCACAUCACCUUCAAAGGAAUGCCAUAUAUUUGGAUCACCAGAUGAAAGAGAAUGAACCUUUAAUCACCAUGGUUCACACUAUGAUUGAGAACUCGGCGCUAAGACCGCAACUGUACCAUCAAUUAACACAAGAAGAAUGUAAGGGUACACUAUACAAAUAUAGAACUGAAGAGCUGGACAUUGAUGCUAAGCUUAGCCGUUUAUGUGAGCAGGAUAAAGUUGUGCAAGCACUGGAGGAGAAGCUUCAACAGCUACACAAGGAGAAAUACACGCUUGAGCAAGCCUUGCUGUCAGCCAGCCAGGAGAUCGAGAUGCAUGCAGAUAACCCAGCAGCCAUCCAGAGCGUGGUGUUGCAGAGGGAUGACCUGCAGAACGGGCUGCUCAGCACCUGCCGGGAGGUGUCCCGAGCCACUGCAGAACUGGAAAGAGCUUGGAGAGAAUAUGAUAAAUUGGAGUAUGAUGUGACUGUAACAAGGAACCAUAUGCAGGAGCAGCUCGAUCGGCUGGGAGAAAUUCAGACUGAAUCAGCAGGGAUACAGCGUGCUCAGAUUCAGAAGGAGCUGUGGAGAAUUCAGGAUGUCAUGGAGGGUUUACUUAAACAUAAACAGCAAAGAAGCUCUUCUGAGGCAGGCAUCAUGGUCUCAAGGACAUUUUCUUCUAUUAAAUAUAAAAAUGAGGAAGAGGAAGUAGUCCCACCUCGUCCUCCACUCCCUCGGUCCUAUGACUUUACAGAGCAUCCUCCCAUAAUCCCCCCUCUGCCCAGUGAUAGCAGCUCCUUGCUCUGUUAUAGCAGGGGCCCAGUACAUCUGACAGAAGAGAAGAGGAUGUACCAAGUGCAAGCAUAUCAGAGAAAUGGAUCUUACUGUGGUCCUGAUUAUAGGCUUUAUAAGAGCGAGCCCGAGCUAACCACAGUAGCAGAAGUGGAUGAGUCUAAUGGUGAAGAAAAAACAGAGCCAAUCUCAGAAUCAGAAUCUUCUGCCAAAGGCUCACAUUUCCCUGUAGGAGUUGUUCCACCCAGAACCAAAUCCCCAACGCCAGAGUCCUCAACAAUAGCAUCCUAUGUCACUCUGAGGAAGAACAAGAAGAUAGAUCUCAGAACGGAAAGACCAAGAAGUGCAGUGGAGCAGCUGUGCCUUGCAGAGGGCUCACGGCCUCGGAUGACUGUGGAGGAGCAGAUGGAGAGAAUAAAGAGACACCAGCAGGCUUGUCUGAGAGAGAAGAGGAAAGGACUCAACAUCAUUGGUGUUUCAGAGCAGGCUCCUUCCCAGAGCUUCUCCUCUGCCAGGGAUAAUCCAUUCAAACUGCCACAGAAUCGGAAAAAGGAUGAUGCAGUAUCUGCUAACAUGAAGGAGCCAGAGAGCACCAGUAGAGAAAACAAUUUGAAACAAAAUAAUGGAAGUCCUGGAGAAGAAAUAGCACAACUGAAAAACGAUGGAGAUGAAGAGCAUAAUUCAAGUUUUACUAAAGAGCUGUCAAAAACUGAUGAUCUUUUAUCAGAUGCACAUGUUGUAUCUGACUCAAAAGAAGUGAAUAAUGAAGAGAAGGCAGAAAAGAAAAAUAAAUUGGAAGAAACACAUGAUGGUGAUAUAAGCUUGCAGAAUGUGACCACAGUUGCAAACCACAAACCCAAAACCAGCUCAGAAGAAAGUGAAGUACUUAGUGUUCAAGAAGAAGAAGGGAUUGUGUCUUCAUUUGAAUUAGCAGCACAGUCUUCAAAAGGAAAUCAGGCAGCAGCAGUGAAAAGUUUGCCUUCUUCACCAGAAUCGUCCUUGUCACCAGCUCCAUCCACACAGACACAGCUCACAGAAGGAUCACAUUUCAUGUGUGUAUAGUUACAGAGAACACUGACGGCUUCUGUUGAAACAAUUCAUGCCUGAGAUGUAUGGACCUGACCUAUGAAAAUAUGAGAAGAUAUUGUACAGUAUAUUUUAAAUCUAUGAAAUUCAUAGUUCUGAUGCUUUUGGCCACAGAGCAUCGUUUUAUCACUUCCUGGAAAAUGUUUAUUCCAAGAGAGCUUUAAAUGGCCCACGUGUACACUCAACAACCUUCAGAUUGUUCUCCUGAUACCAGCUUGCUGCUACCAUUUCUGUGCACAUAAAUAAAGGCUCUUUUCAGUGUGCAGCCUACAGUCAGAACUUUAUUUGCUGUUCUUCAGAAUUUAAUGUUCUUUUAAUGAUGGAUCAUGUAAGUUUACUUAUUUUUGCUUCUUUUAGAUGCAUAAUUUGGUUAAUUUUACAUAUCACCACUA